AUCAUUGUCAACUUGUGUUUGUGUUGUUUGGUUGUAACUUAACAUAGCCAUUCGAAAUUCAUAGAUAGGCCUGGAACAAAAUUCUUAAAGUGAUUACACUAGCCCAUAGGAAGGAAGGCCAUACAAUGCCCACCUUAAAGAUGACAAUUGGCUUACCCUCCCGGCGAACGUUGGGUAGUCUUUGCAUAUUUGGAGCCCUGGCCUCCAUUUCGGGUCUGGCCUACAUGCGGUGGCGUCUAGAGGAUCAGGUCCGUCGCAUGGAGUACUACCAGAUGGCCAUUCAGCAACUCCGUCAGCAUAGCGGAGCUGUGGAUUUGCUGGGCGAGCCCAUAAGGGAGUCGGGCUUCAAUCUCUCCAACGAGAAGAAUCGAUGUGAUGCGGAUAAGGCCCAUCUGCAGGUUUCGGUGCAGGGAUCCAAGGACAAGGGCACCGUGUACUUCUGGGCCACCAAUAACCAGAAAAAGGGCUGGCUGAUCGACCGUCUUGAGCUGGAGACGAAGCAACAUCCCAACACACGCUAUUUACUCAAGAAACCGACCUACACUCUGGUGAGCAGCGAUGGUCAUGAUGACUCCGAUGACGUAAACUCCGAGAAGCCCCAUGAGGUGGCACAGAAACAGGACAAGAAGAACGAGGAGUCAGCACCACCCAGCAUUCAGAACCAUCCGUUGCAACAAAUGCGGCAACAGGAGGGCCAGGAGCCCAUCCCUUUUGUCCAGACAUCCGAAGGAGGAAGCAUGAAGUAGCGUGUAUACAUAGAUGUAAUCACUUUAAUGUAAGCAGCCUGGAAAGCAAUGUGGAACAGUUAUUCCAAGAGAAGCGAGAUAUUGCCACUGCCCAUUUAUUCAAGAUUUUUGAAUACUUAUACUAUACAAAGGAGAAUUCAUGAUAUGUAAAUUGUAGUAUGGAGUUUUAUAAUUAAAAUAUAGAUAUGUCAUGAAAUUCGAUCAUUAAA